AUGUCAUGGCUUCCCAAAAUAGGCUCCGAAUUUCUACAGUUGUCCGAGGGCAUCGACCUUGAACCACUCACAGCCCUUGCGGGCGUCCUCGAGUUCCUCUCAAGCCUCUUGCUCUGCCUAUUGGCGCUGUACUUGGCUGUCAGGAUCCCACGGACUUCAAUGAUACAUUCCAAUCUCAGAAUUUUAUUGGUAAGCAUUUUUUCGAACAGGGGAAGUGCUGGAAAUGCUACAAGAGAGAUUCUGAUGCAACUCGGCGCAAAUUUAUAACAGAUUACGAUUUUUCUAACAACAAAAAAUACGGGAUAUUUCUAGCUCUCACUUUUACUUGAGACAGGUCCCUUGGAAAUAAUAUUGACAAGGGAUCGGCAAAUAGUUGCAACCUUUAAUCUUAACGAAACAUAUAUCAUUUGAAAGAGCGUGGAAAGUUGUGUAUAAGGAAGAAAAAAUUAGCUGCCUAAUUUAUGUUUGGACAAAGUUAUGGCCAAAAUACGGAUUUUAGCCUAAUUUCAUGCGCCACUUUAUAAGCACUUGGAACCGCAACGAAGUUGUGUCCAGUUGGCCGAGUGGUAGUGACGGCGCUUCCGGCGCAACAAGACCUGGUUUCGAACCCGGCCUCAGCAAAUUUUUUGCAUUUCGUAUCUCAUAUGCCACAAAACCAUGGUAUGUAAAUGUUUUCAAACAAUUUUUGUUUUUUUUCGCAGACAAAAUUUGUUUUUACGGGAUUUUUCUGAAAUUCUGGGGUUUUUUGAAACGACCACAAAUUUGAUGGUGAUGAGAGUGGGGACGCCACUAUCAUAUAAUUACAAGGGUGUCAUUCCAGUAGCCUGAUUAAAUUUACAAGGACCUGUAAAUAUACAUUUUUUCGAAAGAAUACGAGGAGAAAAUUGUAUUAUAAUUGGGCAAAAGACUAUAGCUGACACAGUGGACCAACCGUUGGUAGGGCUAGGACAUAAGAAAUUUUUAAUUUUGAGAUUUUAGUUUGUGAACGACCAUGACGGUCAUAUAAAUGUAUUUCCAACGCUUUUUGCUCCAAUUUUCUCAUUAACCUAGUUUUAUUUACAAUUUUUUGGAACUAGCAGUAAUGUCUAAUAACUCAUAACCGAGGAUUGGUAGAGCCAUAAAACGACCGUGAUGGACGUUUUUAGAUACUAGAAAAUCAAUGGAGACGAUAUCAAGCCGCCAGGAUUACUGUAACAUACAAAACUGGCGUUUUGGCCGCAUAUAACCACUUUCAUAAAACGGCCAUAACUUUGUCCAAACAUAAAUUAGGCAGCUAAUUUUUCUUGCGUUGUGCACUAUUUUUAAUGCUCUUUCAAAUGAUAUAUGUUUCGUCAAGAUUAAAGGUUGCAACUAUUUGCCGAUCCCUUGUGAGUGCAUUUUUGUCGACUGAUAAACUGUAUGGGCUUUUUUCAGGUGUCCAUGUUUCUCGCAUACACCUCGAUUGCAAUUUGCCGUCUUUUGCCGCAGUGUUUCGACGAAGCCCCAAUCCCGAUCUUCCUGCAAACAAUCGCCGAGCUAUCACUUUCCUUUAUCACGAUUGGGAUAUGUCUUGAAAGGGGGUGUGCGUACCUUUUCCUCCAUCACUAUGAAGCAAUGAGUGGGAGGAUCGGCUUUGCGAUUUCGGCGUUGAACGUAAGCCAAGUCGACUACUGUUCAAAUGUAAUUACAGGUCAUACUGUGCACGGGUUUGGCCUUUUCGACACUUUCCAAGUACGGAGCUAUUUCGGAGGUCCUGGAAAACAAAGGCCCGCACGCCACACUGGUUAACAAAUUCAAUUAUGACAUUAUUUUCUAUGCUGACAUCACAAAGUUGUUGGCUUCGGCGGUCUCAUUACUCGUAGGUUAAAUGCGUAUUGAAUGCGUAAUUAAUGUAAAAAUACCCGCUAGAUUUUGUGUUAAAAUAUCAUAAUUUUAGUUCCUCACAACGUUGAAGGCUCGGCGAUUUGAGUCGCAUGGAUUUGCCGAGUUGGCGUCGCUUGGUGCUCGCUAUCAGUCCAGGGAGAAUAUGGUGACAAGUCGAGCCCUCAAACUGGUCUUUAUGCUCGCUGUGUUCUCGGCUGCCUUCGCGCUUCCUUUUGCUUUGAUCCGUUGUUCAAUUUCGCAGAGUAGCAUACGGAACGAGCGGCUCGAGCGGCUACUUAGCUCUGUAAGACAUUCAACAUCAUUCAGUCGGGAAAAUAGCGCGGAUUUGUUGCUAAAAAAUGUCUCACCUUGCCGCAGUCGUGCAUCAAAACUGGAACCACGGCUAGUCGUCGCAAAGCGAUGUUAGGCGAUUUUAAAACUCGACAAAACCACAUUAUUUUUCCGACUGCCAUAUUCGACCGAUAUCGCAACAAAGCUGACUUCAACUAUUUUUAGACUGUCCAAUUUAUCAACCAGACGAUAGCAAUUUUAACAGCCCUCGUGCUCAUCAAAUUCCUGCCCAGUCUCCGUAAACAAACCAAGGCCGACUUCUGCGCAUGGCGGCCCAAACGCCGAUCCGCAAUCUAUGCCUCCAUGGAUGAUGUGAAGCUCACCGACGCCAUCUACGAUACCCGACUUCACUUUCAGACCCUACAAUCCAUUUGGGGGAUGACCAGUAGCAGUGAGAAACUGAAUAUGGAUGUAAAUUGCAAUUACAUGUGA